AUGGAUCAAGAGAGUCACUCAAACCUCGCGCAUGGAACCUCGGCGUUUCAGAACAAUGCUUUGUCACAUGAUAAUUCAGACUCAGUGCUGAACGCCGGAUACUCCAUUCCUGGCGAUCCUUCUCAUCUGCAACAACAAUUAAAGUACGGUAGUAACGCGCACUCUCUGCAACAAAUUCAUCCCGGCCAAGUUUCUUCCACAAGCACUCAGGGCACUGACCUACCUGGUACCAGUUCAAACCAAGUUCCCAAAUUUCAACCUGGCGCCUCGGAAGUCACUGCACGUGUUCCAACCGUUCAAAAUCCCGUUAAUGCGUACAUGGUCCCACCGUCCUGUCCUGUCAUAAGUAACCAUCUGGAAGUAGGUGGUGCUAAGCCCCCUGCACAACGUUUUGUCGGAACAAGCGCUACACUCGCACAAUCCGACCCCGAUUGCUUCGUCCUCAGGCAGCACUCCGAGAUAUCCUCCGUCUUAUCCCUCUACUAUGACUACUUCCUCCGUGCAGAAUCCCCAGAGCACAAGCUCCUCAACAGUGGCUACUGA